AAUUAAUGUGUCAUGGUAGUGCUCAUACCAAAAAAAAACAUUAAUUAUUUCAAAGCUCAGAAGCGAAAAAUAAACCAGCAGAUUUUGAGUCACAUUUGAUAAUUGUAGCUUCGGAAUUAGAGCUAGAACCAUAGUGAUUUCAAAUCAGCUUCCCAGCCCUGUAUUGAAACUUGCAAAUUCACACAAGGAUUUCCUGUGCGGAAUAGAAAACACAUUUAGUGCAAUGCUGAUUUAAAAUUUAAUUUUGCAGAAGCAGAAAGGAAACUCGAGAUCAUUGUGAUUUCAUGAUCAUAGCUGGCUCUGAAGAAAUCCCAGUUCAUAAGAAUAUUAUAUCUGUAGGAUCUGAUUAUUUCAAAGCAAUGCUGGCUCAUAAUAAUGCUGAGACAGCGUCUGGUAAAGUGGAAAUGAAGGAAGUUGAUCCAUUAUCCCUGCAACAAUGCAUAGAAUACAUUUACACUGGUGAAUUGUCUACUACUGAUGAAAAUGCUGAAUCUUUGAUGUUUGUGGCUGAAUUGCUACAGUUGAAAGAUGUCUGUGGAGGCAUCGUUGAAUCACUUGAAGAAAAUCUCGAAGCAUCUACAGAAUCAUUCUUUGUGACAAAAAGAAUCGCAAACCUGUACAAUUACAAAGAAUUGAUGCAAAAAUGCGAGAAGUUCAUGCUGGAUAAAUUUGAAGAAAUUGCUGUUCUUGAUGAUUUCAAGGAAAUAGAGGAAAAGGAAUUUGUUAAAUUGAUCAAGUCACAAGAAAACAAGGCAUUAGAGAGUGUCAAGCUAGAGGCGUUGAUAUCUUGGAUAAAACAUGAGCAAAGAAAUCGCAAAAAACUUCUGAAGAAAUUGAACAACUACAUUGAUUUGCAUAAAGUACCGGUGACUUAUAGAAGAUUCCUUGUUGAAAACGAGCCAAUGGUAAAGUCUUGUCCUGAAUGUUCUCACGCUCUACUAAUAUCUGUGAUGGACAGCUUGAACGUUGGUGCUUCAAAUGUUCACUCUGCUGCAAAUAUAAAACAAGAAGAAAAAGAGGCAAUUGCUGCGUUUGAUGAACACUCAAUGAGCCUACAAUGCUUUGAUCCUCGGAAUAAUUCUUGGACAAGAAUGCAGAAUAUGCCUGGAUCAGAAACUUACUUUUCUGCUGUGGCUCUUGGUGACUACAUUUAUGUUCUCAUGUAUGAUCAAUCUGUCCAUCGGCUGAAAUACUCAGAUCAUGGAGCUACUUGGGAGAGAAUGAAAGAUAUGAUGUAUAACUGUGGGCGGUGUCCUCCUGUUGCUGUUUUGUCUGGAAACAUAUACGUUGUUGGUAUUUUCGAUAAUUACUCAAAAUCAGUUGAAAAGUUUGUUCCAUCAAGCAACAAAUGGGAAAAAGUAAAAGACAAAAAUCUCAACAGUGCAAAUUCAACAGCACUGGGUGCUGGAGGUUGUAUAUACAGCAUUGGUGGCUAUAUAUCAGGUCGUUACACCAACCAAGUAGAAAGAUUUGACCCAACAUCAUCAACUUGGUCAUUUGUUGCAUCCAUGAAUGAAGCAAAAAUCAAUGUCGCAGCUGUUGAAAAUGAAGGGAAAAUAUAUGUUCUAGGGGGAUGUACAAACAAUUACUUUUCAACAGUUGAACGAUAUGAUAUUUCAACAAACGUGUGGUCCACGGUAACUCCCAUGUUAACGAAGCGGAGCUGGUUUAGUGCUUAUGUGAUUGAUUCAAAUAUUUACGCAGUUGGAGGAAGGAACAGUUCACCGGGAAGCAUGGAGAAGUUUGAUUUCAAGAAGAAUCAAUGGGAGAUGAUUGACAUGAAGAACAAGAAUCUGAGGAUACUCGAUGCAGUGAAGAUUAAUUUGAAGUGAUUUGAUUGUAUAUGACAGAGAACAGUUCCUUGUGUUACCAUUAAAGGACAUGCUAGUAGUUUAUGUUUGUAAUCUUACUAUUAUGAAAUUGUAUGAUAGAUAUUUGACAUUUAAUAGGUGCUCGUGUUACCACUGAGUAAAUUUUUUAAACUUCUAUAAUGAUUUCUUGCAUUACUUACCGUACUUAAUUUAUAUAGUUUUCUUAAAUGUAAUUACUCAAUGACAUUGCCUAAAAAACUUCAACUCACUGGACAUAGCUAUGUUUACUACUGAUGUGAAGAAUUUUUUUUAAAUGAUUUGUUUGUGUUAUUAAAUACCCUAUAUUUGUUUGUAGCAUUUUUUUUAUGUGAAUUCCGAUUAUGACAGUGUGUAGUCGGACAGAAUCGAUGCCCAUAUAAAAAACGAUUGUUGGUUGAUGGACAUUCUGACUCCUGCUCUCAACGACAGGAAAACAGAGUUUAUAAAUCUUACAUUGGCCUCGACUCCUCAGCCCUGAUUUGGCUUGCCUAUCAUUUAAAGUUAAUUUUUAAACAAUUGGAGUGGGAUUCUAUAUCCUUGUUAUGUGGAAUUUGUCACCAAUAUCAUAGGUCAUGGGAAGCGAGUGUUAUAUAUAGCCAGUGGUCAGUGAAAAUUAGGUUGAUUUAUUAUUCCAUUCAGUUUUUAAUGUCAUUCGAUAUUAUCGGGGUAUGAAAUAUUGUCUUGUGCAUUCUUUAAGCUGUUUCUUCAUCAAUUGAAAUCACUUAUCAUUUCUUAAUUAAAAUCCGUGAAUGAAUUGCAAUUUAUAAAUUAGCAGAUGGCUUUUCCGCACAAUAUAAUAUAUUCAAUAUAGUUUCCCUUUAAACCAGGGUCGUCCAACCCAUGGCCCACAUAUGGCCCGGCGGAAGCAUUUCGAGUGGCCCGCGCUGAAUUUCAGAGUUGAAUAAAAAAAAUUGAGUAAAACAAGUUUUUGAGUGAAGUAGUAGGCCUAUUAUUUCCCUGAAAUGAGCUCUGCCAGCCCAUACAAACGAGCCAUGAAUGUCAUUUUGAAUCGAAACCAACUGAGAGGAGAUAUCGAUACAUAAAGGUGCCACCAUUGCUAUCCAUGGUCUUUCACUACUCUAUAUGAUUUUAUCACAAAAC